AGGUUGUUAGCCCAGUCUAAUCACCUUGUUCGCGUCAAUGUAUGCUGUCGAGUUCUUCAUUCUCUGGGGUUUCCUGCGAGCAUUGGAUUUGAGCCUUCGCUUCUCCUUCCUGCUGUAUUCCCUUAUAAUUAUUUUCUUAUUGCAUCACCACUCUGUUGGACCCUGCAUAUGCCCCCACGCCUGGCACAGGCAGGAGGCUGUUGGGGGGGGGAGGGGAAGUACCCCGCACAUCUCCAGCUGCCGAGAGGGUCGACCGUAUCGCCCCAAUGUACGACCCAGGUGGGUAUUCUGGAGUUCAAAGAUGGCUAUAACAUGCUAGAAUUCGCGCGGGCUCGUGUAAGACACUGAAAUCUGCUCCCUGGUUACGGAUAGAGAUCCCACCCUUUCUUGAAAAUGGCAGCGGAGCGCAUGAACAUCAUUAUAACUGGAGCCGGAGGCUUCGUUGGAUCACUCCUCGCCUCGCGCCUCCUCGGCCAACCUCAAUACCAUCUCACUCUUACUGACAUCGUCGAGCCUGUCGUUCCCAAGGAUGCCAAACAUCGAGACCACGCUCAAUGCCUGCAAGGCGACAUCAGCGACCCGGCCUUCAUCCAGACACUUGUCUCUGCCGCCCAGCCUCUCCACGCCAUCUUCAUCUUCCACGGCAUCAUGUCUGCCGGCUCCGAGGCCAACUACGACUUAUCUCUUAAGGUGAACGUUGAGAGCGUCCGGACCCUGUGCGAACAUCUCCGGCUCUCGAAUCCCGGCGUACGGGUCAUCUACGCGUCGUCACAGGCGGUGUAUGGCCAGCCGCUUCCGGCGAGAGUGACGGAUAGCGUGAUACCAACGCCGGAGAGCACCUAUGGGGCCCACAAGUUGAUGACCGAGACCUACCUCAACGAGCUGAACCGCAGGGGCUUCCUGAACGCCUUCAUCCUCCGCUUUCCCAGCGUCGUCGUGCGGCCCGGGAAGCCGACGCUCGCCGCUAGCUCGUUCCUGUCUGGCAUGAUCCGCGAGCCCAUGAACGGGCAGGAAUGCGUCAUCCCGCUGGAGGACCGCAGUUUUAGAUCCUUCAUGUGCUCCCCGAGUAGCCUGGCCGAGAACCUCACCAGGGUCCUUCACAUGGACACCAACAAGCUGCCCAGGCAUAUCCGCCACAUCAAUAUCCCCGGCAUCUCGGCGAGCACGCAAGAGCUUAUGGACGGACUGGCCAAAUAUGGCGGGGAGGAUAAGUUGAAGUUCCUGAAGGAGGAGGCGAACCCGGCAUACGAGAGGAUACUGAGGAGCUGGGCGCCAGACAUUGAUUUGAGCACGCCGCUGAAGCUCGGCUUGGUAGUAGAUCAGAAGCCUGAGGACUUGGUCAAGGAGUACGUUGAAAGCCUGAAAAAGCAGUAGUUAUUGUCAUUCAAUAGAAAUCGUCAUUUCGUG